AUGCCUUGUCUAAUGGCCUCGCCACUUGCUGCCAGAUUCAUAGCCAGCAAACCGGGUUCGCUCUCUGUCGGCUUUGUUCAGCUUCAACUCCGUGUCAAAGCAGGAACAAGUAAGGACCGCGAGGGGAUAUUGGCCGUCACAGACAGGGCGAUUGAACUGUGUGUGGCUGCCCAGCCCAGACAUGGCGAGGCCAACAAGGCUGUUGUCCAAGCUCUCAGCAAUGCUAUAGGCAUCCCCAAAUCGCGGUUCCGGUUUGUCAGUGGAAUCAAGUCCAGAGACAAGGUAGUGGCCAUUGGCGAUAUCCAAGGCGACGGGCCAGAAUAUACCGAGACGAUUCUACGCUUGCUCCGCGAAGCAAGCCAUCGAACCCUUACUCCCUAG